AUGUGCCGUUUUUCCCACAUGGAUUCCGAGGUGAAGUCCCAACUAAUUACAGGCUGCCUGUCGGAAAAAGUCCGCCAGAAGGGACUCAUGAACUCUGAUAUGUCACUACAUGACUUAAUAAACUACGCAAGGACAACGGAGACGAUAGCGUCGCACCUACAAACAAUGCGACUGGAAGACAACAACACCGCUACUGCUACAACCGCCCCAAUAAACAAAGCCGCGGACGAACAGCGCCGACCAAGCAACUAUCCCCGGCAAUACCGGUGCAGGAAUUGCAACGGAAAAUACCCUCAUGAGCGGGGACCGACGUCUUGCCCGGCAUUUCAUAACCAGUGCACAUACUGCGGAAGGUGGGGACACUUCACCUCUGCCUGUUUCAGAAGAUUAAACGACGGAAACAGACAACGGGAAACAAUUCGUCCCCCACGAACACAGACCAAUCGACGCUCAGUGAACCGCAUUGAAAACGACCAACGGAACCCACGUAGCAGUGGUAGUGAUACAGAAUACGUGUUCCACACAGCUGGAGCUCGGAACUUGCCACCUCCAAUUGAAAUGGAUACUCCAGCAAACAGGAGUUCAUCUUUAUUUUUGGGGCUUCCCAACCAAAUAAAAGGGCAACUUGAUGAACAAUCACAAACUCUCCACAAAAUCAAUUCCACAGUCCAGAAACUUGAAGCUGAAAACGCUCUUUAUAAACAAGAAUUGAUGACCGCCCACACCAAUAUUCACCAGUUAUCAUCUCUUUUGGAUAACGAACGACGAAAAUCCCAUUUGUCUUUGGAGAGACACUUCAUCCAAAUGCAAGAAAUGCUGUGCACAGAAACGAGAAUGUCACAUGAAAUAAAUGAAUUGAAGCUUAAAUGUUGUCAACAGAAUUUUCCUGCCACUCCUUCAUCAACUGCUUCUAGCAGUUUCCAACAAAAGCAAGAGAUUGUCACAAAAUGCAACAUAUUUGCGUCCUCAAAAUGA